AUGUCGUCCCUGACGGAGCUCUUGCUUGCCCUUGGCAACGGGGACCCAGCCGUGCGGGUGCCUGCGGAGCGGCAGGUGACUGAAGCGAGACAGGCGGAUCUUUCGGGAUUUCUGUUUGCACUUCUUUCGGAGUUCAGUGAUGAGUCGAAGCCGCCAUUCGCGCGUCACAUGGCAGGCACUUUGCUGAAGAACUCCAUCGCCCCGAACCUGCGCGAUCCGGCGGCGCGGCGGGCGUCGGAAAGGGAGUGGAUAGGCCUUUAUCCCGACGUUCGCGCGAGGGUGAAGCAGGGGGUGCUGGCGUUGCUUGGCUCCCCGGCGAAGGAGGUACGCAGUGUGGCGGCAAACAUUAUUGGAAACCUUUCACGCAUUGAGCUGCCCGCGGGAGAGUGGAAUGAUCUUCUGAAUAUUCUUCUUUGCGCCGCGGAGUCGAACAAUGUUCAACACCAGGAAGCUGCGCUCACCGCAGUGGGAUAUGUGUGUGAAGAGGGUCGCGAACAUGACAAUGUGGGAAGGGCGCUAGAGCCUUUCACUAACAGAAUCCUUUCUGCCGUGCUUCACGGUAUGCGUAGUAGUGUUGAGGACGUAUGCUACUACGCCACCAAUGCCCUGUGUAAUUCAAUGGAGUUUAUCCAUGACAACAUGAAGCAGCAGGGGCAGCGUGAUCAACUUCUUGACGCCCUCUGCACCACCGCUAAGACAAGCCAGGCCGCACGCACACGCGAAAAGGCGAUGGAGUCCUUGGUGAAGGUUGCUGACAUGUACUACUCCACGUUGCCUAACUACAUUGAACGUCUGCACGCUAUCACAACAAGUGCCAUUUUUCAAGAUGAAGAGCCUGUGGGUCUUCAGGCAAUGCUUUUUUGGAUUUCUAUCUGUGAGACUGAGCAGGAGAUGAAGGCGGAUAGUGACGCAAGAUGCCUCGACUAUGCGCUGAAAGGGGCGUCGAUGAUCUCGGGUAUUGCGCUUCAGGCGCUUCUGCAGCAAGAGGAACAACAAGAGGAGGGUGAUUGGAAUAUUUCCAUUGCCGGAGGUAAGUUGCUGCAGAGCCUCGCAUUGUGCAUUGGGGAUCCCGUGAUUUCUUUGGUUAUGCCCUUCGUCUACGACAGAGUUGGAAGUGCAAAUUGGCGGGAAAAGGAGGCCGCUGUGAUGGCGUUUGGGUGCAUCUUAAAUGGACCCUCCGCGAACGCCAUUCAGGACACUGUGGCACAGUCUUUGCCUGGACUCCUACAGUACUUUCGUGAUAGCCACCCAAUGGUCGCCGAUACCGCAGGCUGGGCGCUGGCCGUUGUGUGCGAGCUUUUCAGUGACGCCUUCUUGGAGCAGCCGGGUUUCCUGCAGCAGCUCAUGAACCUCAUCACCCCAGUGAUAAGUAGCGGGAGUGCGGCGGCGGUUCGGUCGUGCCACAUUUUGCACAACCUUGCUCUCGCCUAUGAGGAGGAGGAGUAUCAAGCAACGAAUGAGCUUUCAAAGUACUUUCCGGACCUUCUCAGCGUGCUACUGUUGGCUAUUGACAACGGUGUCAAUCAGAAUGUUAAAAGUGUCGCACAGGAGGCACUUAAUGUCUUGAUUGACGCGGCUGCUGUGGAUUGCUACCAGUGUUUGCACAUCCUGGUACCUGAACUGCAUAAGCGCAUGCAAGUUAUGGCCAAUUUACAGCUGCAAGGCCAAGUCAACAACGCAGAAGCCAUGACGAUGCUUGGACUGCUAUGUGGGUCGCUUGGUAGUGUGGCGAAGAAGGUGCAGACCAACUUUACGCAACACCUGCAGUCAAGUAUGGAGAUCAUGUUGCAAAUCUUGCAAAAUCAGUCCGAUACUGUGCUGGACGAAGCGCUUACAAUGUUAGGGAGCUUUGCACACGCCGUAAAGCUGAAACUUGUUCCCUACUUAAUUAACGUUGUCCCGUACGUUUUGAAGGCGCUGCAGUGCGUGGAUGAACCGGAUCUCGCAGUGGUCGCUGUAGGCGCGUUGGGUGACUUGUCGCUCAGUCUGCGAGAGGAGAUGGCGCCUUACAUUGACACAUUCCUCAGGGCUAUCCAUCAACACCUGCAAAACCCAGAGGUGGAUCGUGAGCUGAAGUGCACGUUUCUUAACUGCCUAGGCGACAUUGCGCUGAAUGUUGGAGGUCAACACUUUGCUCAGUAUCUUGACGUCUUUAUGCAGUGCGCAGAGGCCUUGUAUAGGCAGAGCACUACCCUCAACAUUGCCGAAGACCCAGACGACGAGGAGUACGUCAUGACAUUGUGGGAGAGCAUAGCCGUCUUCUACACAAGCGUGUGCCAAAGUUUCAAGAGCGCCGAAGCGCAAUUGGCGCCGUACCUGCAGGCGAUUCUCGAAUUCGCCCUUCAUGCGUCGACGACGGCGAUGUCGCUGGAGUAUGUGGAUGUGUCCGCCGCGGCGGUCUCGCUUAUUGGCGACAUGGCGUGCGUGUUAAAGGGCGUCUCGUCGCAGGAGCUGCGCCAGCAGGGGAAGAGCGCUCUGCUGACGGAGCCGGUGUGGGCGGUGGUGAAGCGGGCGGUCGAGAUGGACAACGACCCGGAGGCGAAGGGGCAGAUGCAGUGGGUGGCGAAGCAGUUGACCCUGUUGCAGACAUCUUAA